GGCGGCAUUGCGCGGCAGGGCGGCGGGAGGGCCGCGGGGAGGCGGCGGCGGCUCCCUCCGAGGCCUGAUCUGGCCCGCCGCCGCCGCCGCUCGGCCAAUGCGCCCGGAGCCAUGGACAAGAUCCUGGAGGGGCUGGUGAGCUCUUCGCACCCGCUGCCGCUGAAGCGGGUGAUCGUGCGGCGCGUGGUGGAGUCGGCGGAGACGCCGCUGAGCCAGGCGCAGUGCCGCGCCAUGUUCGCGCUCGGCACCCGGCUGGUGCUGCAGGGUCCCGACCCCUUCCAGCGGCAGGUGGGGCGGCAGGUGCUGGACGCCUACGGCCGCUUCCACCGCGCCGAGUUCGAGGCUUUCUUCAACCGCGGGCUUGUCCUCGGCCUCCUGCAGCGAGGCUACGGCGAGCUGAGCAACCGCGACCCCGCCAUCCUCGACUACAUCCAGGCGGGGCUGCGCCUCAUCAUGAGCUGCCCGUCGGUGCUGGAGCUCUUCGAGCUGCUGCAGGUGGAGGCGCUGCGCCUAGUGUGCGAACGGCCGGCGCCGCCGCUCUGCGCCCGCCUCUGCCAACUGCUGGGCGACUUCCCGCAGUGCCUGCCCCGCGGCAGGAAGCUCUCGCUCGCCUUCUGCCAGCAGCUGGUGCGCAGUAUCGCCCACUUCCAGAGCCAGGGCACCCGAGAGGCCGAGCUGCGCCUUUACGUCUCGCACGUAACGCAGGUCAGCGCUCUGCUCAGGAGCGUCUGGAAGGCCGAGCCCGACACGCUGCUGCCCUCCCUUCAGGAGCUCUUCGCUGUCAUCUCUGCCGCGGAUACUUCAUUCGAGCCUUCUGUUGCACUGGCAAGUCUUGUGCAGCACAUACCAUUGCAGAUGAUUACAGUACUCAUCAGGAGCCUUACUACAGAUCCUAAUGUGAAAGAUACAAGUAUGACUCAAGCUCUGUGCAGAAUGAUUGACUGGCUGUCCUGGCCUCUGGCUCAGCAUGUGGAAACAUGGGUGAUUGCACUGCUGAAAGGAUUGGCUGCAGUCCAGAAAUUUACCAUCCUCAUUGAUGUCACUCUGCUUAAGAUCGAAUUGGUCUUUAAUCGACUUUGGUUUCCUCUAGUGAGGCCUGGUGCCCUUGCUGUCCUUUCCCACAUGUUACUUAGUUUCCAGCAUUCUCCAGAAGCUUUUCAUUUGAUUGUCCCACAUGUGGUCAGUUUGGUUCACUCCUUCAAAAGAGAUGGCUUGCCUUCCAGUACAGCCUUUUUGAUGCAGUUGACUGAGUUGAUACACUGUAUGAUGUAUCAUUAUUCAGGUUUUCCAGAGCUCUAUGAACCCAUUCUGGAAGCUGUUAAGGAUAUGCCCAAACCCACUGAAGAGAAGAUUAAGUUGAUCCUCAGUCAGAGUGCCUGGACUUCUCAAUCCAGUUCUUUGCCAUCUUGUUUAUCUAGACCUUCUGGAAAAUCUGAAACUGGGAAGACAGGCCUAAUAAAUCUAGGAAAUACUUGCUACAUGAACAGUGUUAUUCAGGCACUUUUUAUGGCUACAGAUUUCAGAAGACAUGUUUUAUCUCUGAAUCUAAAUGGCUGUAAUUCCCUAAUGAGAAAAUUACAGCAUCUUUUUGCGUUUUUGGCCCAUACCCAGAGGGAGGCAUAUGCUCCUAGAAUUUUCUUUGAAGCUUCCAGACCACCAUGGUUCACUCCUCGAUCCCAGCAGGAUUGUUCGGAAUAUCUCAGAUUCCUGCUAGACAGGUUGCAUGAAGAAGAGAGAACUUUGAAAGCAUUGUCUUCAGCCAAGAGUUCUGAAAGUAUUAUGACUGACAAGUCCCAGGCACAAGAAACUGCCCAUAAAACACAAGUAUUUACUGAAGCAUCUUGUAUGGAAAGUGAAGAAAGAACUCUGAUAGAGAAGAUGUUUGGAGGAAAAUUGAAGACUAACAUAUGCUGUUUGAACUGCAAAAGUAUGUCUCAAAAGGAAGAAGCUUUCACAGAUCUCUCUUUGGCUUUCUGUCCCCCAACUUCCUUAGAGAAUGUUGACCCAAAAUGCAUAGAACAUUCUGAAGUGAAAGAUGACUACAUGGUGCAAAGUAAUACUUCAGCAACCAGUCCUGUUGCAGAAACACCUCUCAGUAAUUUGGAAGUAAGUCAUGGAUGUGACACAAUAAUGAAUGAAGGAACCAUAGAAGAUCUUUCUAGUGAGCCAAGCUCUGAGAAUACCACAAUUUCUGAACUCAAAGUUGAAAAUAAUGGGGAUGUGUCUCAGAGUCUAGUAGGUAAAAAUACCCUGUCAGUUACAGACUUACUCAAUUAUUUUCUGGCACCUGAGAUCCUUAGUGGAGACAACAAAUAUUAUUGUGAAAAGUGUGCCUCUCUACAGAAUGCUGAAAAAACUAUGCAAAUCAUUGAGGAACCUGAAUACCUCAUUCUCACUCUUUUGAGAUUUUCAUAUGAUCCAAAGUGUCACAUAAGGCGCAAAAUCUUGGACAAUGUUUCUCUACCACUUGUAUUGGAACUGCCGGUGAAAAGAGCAACAUCCCCUUUAGCCGUCGUUUCGGGAGGCUGGUCUGUUGGUGUGGAGAUUUCUGAUACUGGAGAAAACCUUGCUAAAAAACUGAAGCCCUCUGAUGCUGAUGAAGUGAUCUGCCCACAAUUGGUGCCCUAUGUGUUGAGCUCUGUGGUGGUGCAUUCUGGGGUAUCCUCUGAAAGUGGACAUUAUUAUUCAUAUGCUAGAAAUGUUACUGGGUCAGGGCCUUCAGGGCUCUGCCACCAGUCUACAGCUCUUUCAUUAGUUUCUCCUCAGGAUAAGUUGUUUACAGAGGAGAGUCCUUGUACUGUUGUAGAAAAUGAGCUGGACACUGAAAUGCCAAGAGAAUGGUGUCUGUUCAAUGACAGCAGAGUGACAUUUACCUCAUUUCAGUCAGUCCAGAAAAUCACUAGUAGAUUUCCAAAGGACACUGCUUAUGUUCUGUUUUACAAAAAACAGAACAGCACCUGUGGCUUCAACACCAAUCCAGCAAAUGGCCUCUGGGUAAAUGGAGACCCUCCUCUACAAAAAGAACUCAUGGAUGCAAUUACAAAAGAUAACAAACUGUACUUGCAGGAGCAAGAGCUUAGUGCUCGAACACAAGCACUUCAAGCUGCCUCGGCCUCUUGCUCUUUCCGACCCAAUGGAUUUGAUGACAAUGAUCCCCCAGGAAGCUGUGGGCCUGCAGGUGGAGGAGGAGGGGGUGGGUUCAGUACUGUUGGUAGAUUGGUCUUUUGACUAUGAACACAACCUGGAAUACACUGGUUCCAAGGCAGCCUAGUACUGCUGAGGACAAAUAAAAUACUGAACUCUGUCAGAGUUGUACCAGGCUUUGAGACUUGAUCCUUGUCCAAAAGCAAAUAUGAGUGUUUUUUUGGUUAUAAUUUAUUUGAAAUAAAUAAUUACAUAAUGGAAAAAAA